ACCAUGAAGGUUCACUCUGACACCACCGCGCCAGACAAGGAACCGAGGAAUCCGAUUCGACGGUUUGUCGAACGAAAAUUGAUCGGAAAUUUCGAUUCGGCUGAUUUCUCAGAAGCUUGGAAGCAUAAGUUCAGCCAUGCACCAACGUGGUGUGAUGCCGACAUGUCACUACAACAGAUCAGAAGGGGAGCUGCCCAAGGGAAUCGAAUCGCUUUGUAUGCACGAAGUUUCUUCCAGUAUUACCUCUUUCAAAUCGGGUGCUUUGUUCAGAAAUGGGCAUGGUCAACUGUUUUAAUUUCGUUAGUUUUGUAUACCUGUUGUUGUUAUGGCUUGAAAGAUGUUGUUAUAGAAACGGAUAUCGUAAAGCUCUGGGUUCAACAAGGUGGUCGAUUGAAUGAAGAGAUGACGUUCCUGGACAAAGUACGGGCGGAGGCAAAUCGGAUAUCCAAACGUGAAGCUGGAACUGGAGAACCGGUCGAUGCAGAAGUCAGGCGUGGACCGGAUCUUCCCCGAGAAAACGGGCUCGGCGGAGGAUUUCAGCUAGUCAUUCAAACACCUGUUCGGGAAAAGGAAAACGUAUUGUCAAAGGAGUCACUGUUACGGCAUGUCAAAUUGAUGGAGGAAAUUUCCAAAUACGAGGUUGACCUGUACGGCGAGAAGUGGACCUUGAGCGACAUCUGCUUCAAACCACCUAGCCCUAGAUUCAACACCGGCCCAUUAGCCAAACUGAUGAAUUCGCUACUCGACAAGAUUAUUCCAUGUAUUUGGAUUACUCCAAUUGAUUGCUAUUGGGAAGGAUCGAAGCCGUUGGGACCUUACCCACCAAUUUAUCUUGGGGAGGAAGUGAGUGGUUUCGUCACCUCACUACCUAAGGGUAAUGUGACGUGGAAGAAUCUGAAUCCGACAGCUGUGAUGUCUGAAGUUGGCGCUCUGUUUGAUCUCGGACCUAUUGGGAACUUCUUCGAAAGAGCCGGUAUUGGUGCAGCGUACCUUGAUCGCCCCUGUAUCGAUCCGUUGGAUCCUGAAUGUCCAAAGACGGCACCCAAUUAUUUUGAUCGAUGUGCUGCAUUGGAAAAGUUUAACGAAUGGAACAUGGCAAAACCCGAUGCCGAGAAGAUCCAGCUAGAACGUAAGCCACUGCCAGAUAAGGACGGAGAUGAAGACGGUGCAUUACAGAUUACCGAAACCAUUCUCAACGACAUUUUCGGCAUUUCAGGCCGCAAGAAGCGGGACACUACCAACACGAAGGAUUCAAAGGAGAAGCCAAAAGACGAAGACUACUAUGCUUACGAAGACUCCGAUUAUGACGUUACUUCAAUCGCAAAUGCUUCUAAGGUUAUGUGUUUGGAAUAUGGUGAAUCAUUACUGAAGUGGAUGAACGCGAAUCCCGAUCGAUGGGGCGAAUUUCUGACUCAAAAGGAAAUGCCGAAGGAUCCGGACUACGAAAAGGUGAUGACAGGUGGCUGUAAGGGCUUUGGUAAAACGAUCAUGGAAUGGCCUGAGGAUCUCAUCAUUGGAGGAAUCAAGCGUAGCAGCGGCAAACUGCGAUCGGCAGAGGCUCUUCAAAGUGUAUUUCUCGUAGCGAGCCCUUUCGAUGUAUUCAUCAGAUUCAAGGAGAAGAAGGAUACACACCCGAAUCUGGACACGGCCAGUUGGAACCCUGGCUGGGCAGAACAUGUUGUAUUCAGUUGGCAGAGGAACUUCACCAAGAAGCUCUAUGGACAUGAAGCCAAUAAAAACGUUCGUUUAUAUCCAUUCCCUAGUCAAGCGUUUCAAAAAUCAGUUUGUAAAAACCGUUUUCAGUCUGAGGAUCGUGUAUUCCAUCCACUGGCUUCUACUUCCAUAGCCGAUAUGCUUGAGGAAUUUUCACAAUUCAACUACACUAUCAUCAUUUUGGGAUACGUUCUCAUGGUAAUCUAUGCCGCCUUCACCCAAGCUAGAAUCGAGGGCCGCUGGCUGGCGAUCAGAUCGAACGUGGCUCUAUCAUUUGUUGGUGUGAUUCUUGUCACCUACGCCUCAAUUUGUGGUCUCGGCUUGUCCACUGCCCUCGGAGUCAACUUCAACGCUGCCACCACUCAGAUUGUACCAUUCUUAUCGCUUGGUCUCGGAAUUGAUGAUAUGUUCCUGUUACUACAUAACUACGAUGAGAUCAGUCAUACGAUGCGAAAAAAUGAAAUGGGAAUUCUGCUGAAGGAAACGGGCAUGUCCGUUAUGGUUACGUCCAUCAACAAUAUUCUCGCCUUCUGUGCCGGCUACGUACUUCCCAUCCCAGCCUUGAGAUCGUUCUGUGCGCAGACCGCUGUGCUACUUGCCUUCAAUUUGGCUUCGCUGAUGUUCGUCUUCCCUGCCUUCAUUGGGCUCGACCUCAGAAGAGUUCGAGCAGGCAGACGAGAUCUUGUCUACUGUGGCCCACCAGCUGAUCCCAACUUUGAAAAAGUUUCCGAGAAAAGUUCCGGUGAUCUCUCCACAAAUGAGUCUUCUAAGGCGGAUCUCACAAAUCCUACCUACAUCGAGACAUACAAUCGCGAUCAACCAUGGUACACUGUGGGUGGAUUCUUGACCAACUUGUACAUUCCACUGCUAAAAAUGAAGAUCGUCAAGGCUAUAGUAAUCGCGAUAACUCUUUGCGGAGUAACAUUCGGCUUAUAUGGAAUGUACACCACGACGUUAGGAUUGGAACUAGCUGACGUACUGCCAGAGAACACCGCACCAGCUGCGUUUAUGAGAGCUCGAGAAAAGUACUUUUCGUUCUAUCCGAUGUACGCCGUACUUCGGGGUCGAACCAUCGACAUACCGAAUCAGCAACCACUUAUCGAGGAGUAUAGAGAGGCAUUGGGUUAG